CAGUAUAGUAUAGUAGUUGUGUAACAGGGAUAGUGAUAAGGAAGAAAGAAAGAAUGGAAGGAAAAUUGUCGCGUGCGGCAAAGAAGCUUACAUCAUCACCCAUUCAAGAACUCUCUCACCUUGCUCAGAGAUGCAAUGCUAUCAACCUAGCUGAAGGCUUCCCUGACUUCCCUGCUCCUCUCCACAUCAAAAACGCCGCCGUUUCCGCCAUUAAUUCCGACCUCAACCAAUACAGGCAUGUGCAAGGUAUAUGUGAACACUUGGCUAAGAUAGUAAAGGAAAUGCAUGGUUUAGAUAUUGACUCUGAGACGGAUGUAGCUAUCUGUUGUGGUCAAACUGAGGCUUUUGCUGCUGCAAUCUUUGCAACAAUUGACCCAGGCGACGAAGUCAUACUCUUUGACCCUUCCUAUGAAACAUAUCAAGGAUGUGUUACCAUGGCUGGUGGUGUUCCUAUACAUGUGCCGCUUGACCCGCCUCAGUGGACCUUGGAUCCAAGAAAAUUGCUUACAUCAAUUACUGAGAGAACUAAAGCCAUUAUACUGAAUAGUCCUCACAAUCCAACUGGAAAAGUUUUCACAAAAGAUGAACUUGAGACUAUUGCCGGAGCAUGCUGCAGCCGAAAUUGCCUGGCUAUAACAGAUGAAGUAUAUGAGCAUAUAACUUAUGACAACCAAAAACAUAUAUCCCUUGCCUCGUUUCCAGGAAUGCAAGAACGGACUAUUAUAACAUCUUCUUUGUCUAAAACAUUUAGUGUCACAGGUUGGAGGAUAGGAUGGGCAAUUGCACCAGCCUCUAUUGCAUCUGCUAUCAGAAACAUUCAUAUAAUAGUUACAGAUUCUGCUCCAGCUCCUUUUCAGGAAGCUGCUUUGACGGCUUUGAGAAGCCCCCCUGAAUACUUUGAAUCCCUGAGAAGAGAUUAUCAAUCAAAAAGAGAUUAUAUCAUUAAGUUGCUUGCGGGAGUGGGUUUUAAGAUACAGUUUAUACCUCAGGGUUCCUUCUUCUUAUUUGCCGAGCUUCCUGAGGAUUGUCCCCUUUCUGAUGUAGAGUUUGUUAAAAAGUUAAUACUAGAAGCGGGGGUGGUGGCUGUUCCAGGACAGGGAUUUUUUCAUACAAACCUAUCAACAAAUGAAACUUCUAGUGCAAGUUGUAACUACCAGAAGAGAUACAUCAGGUUUGCAUUCUGCAAGAGCGAGACAACUUUGGCCGCGGUUUCAGAGAAACUGGGUAAGCUUUUGGAUGUUGAAGGGAAACUUGCGCUAUAUUAAAUUGACAGAAAGAAUAAUGGUGAUGGAGCAGCUAUGAAGAUUGAGGAUACAAUGUUUUGUUUGAAUUAAUAAAGUUUGUUAUAUGGUUAAUUUGACCAAGAGAAGACUAUGUGAAAACCAGUAAAUAGCUAGCUUGUAUUUGAUUAAUAACUGUACUUUUGAUCCUAUAAGAGUGAUGUAAUACUUAUGUCUGAUUGUGGUUUAACAGGAGAUCAAACUGUUGAGAAGCAGUACUAAGAAGCUUUUAUAAAUUUAGAGAUGUAUAUUUGAUUUUCA